UCUCCAUAGCCGUUUCCCUCUCUUAUUCAAACCUGCCCGCUUCUCACGCCUCACGCCUCCUUCCUCUUCCAGCGCACUUCACCCACACGCCUCGGCCUUCUUGAGUAGUUGCCCACCUGAGUUGCCUUCUCUGGGCGGCCGGGGCGGCGGGUUCCGGCGAUGGGCAAGGCGGCGAGGUGGCUGCGUGGCCUGCUGGGCGGCGGCGGGAAGAAGGAGCAGGGGAAGGAGCAGAGGCGGCCAGCCACGGCCGCGGCGCCGCACGGGGACCGGAAGCGCUGGAGCUUCUGCAAGUCCACCAGGGACUCGGCCGAGGCGGAGGCGGCGGCCGCUGCCGCCGCGCUCAGCGGCAACGCGGCGAUCGCGCGCGCGGCCGAGGCGGCGUGGCUCAAGUCCUUGUACAACGAGACCGAGCGGGAGCAGAGCAAGCACGCCAUCGCCGUCGCCGCGGCCACCGCGGCGGCGGCCGACGCUGCCGUGGCCGCCGCGCAGGCCGCCGUGGAGGUCGUGCGGCUCACCAGCAAAGGGCCGACGUCCACGGUGCUCGCCGGUGCCGUCGCCGAGCCCCGCGGCCGCGCCUCCGCCGCGGUCAAGAUCCAGACGGCGUUCCGUGGAUUUCUCGCCAAGAAGGCUCUGCGCGCGCUCAAGGGGCUGGUGAAGCUGCAGGCGCUGGUGCGCGGCUACCUGGUGCGGAAGCAGGCGGCGGCCACGCUGCAGAGCAUGCAGGCGCUCGUCCGCGCGCAGGCCUGCAUCCGCGCCGCCCGCUCGCGCGCCGCCGCGCUCCCCACGAACCUUCGCGUCCACCCGACCCCUGUCCGGCCGCGCUACUCGCUGCAAGAGCGGUGCAGCAGCACGGAGGAUUCCCGGAGCGACCACGGCGUGGCGCCGUACUACAGCCGGCGGCUGUCGGCGAGCGUGGAGUCGUCGUCGUGCUACGGGUACGACCGGAGCCCCAAGAUCGUGGAGAUGGACACCGGGCGGCCCAAGUCGCGCUCCUCCUCGCUCCGCACGACCUCCCCCGGCGCCAGCGAGGAGUGCUACGCUCACUCGGCGUCGUCGCCGCUCAUGCCGUGCCGACCGCCCCCGCGGAUCGCGGCGCCGACCGCGCGCCACUUCCCGGAGUACGAGUGGUGCGAGAAGGCCCGGCCGGCGACGGCGCAGAGCACGCCCCGGUACGCGAGCUACGCGCCGGUGACGCCGACCAAGAGCGCGUGCGGCGACCACGGAUACACGUACAGCAACAGCCCGUCGGCGCUCAACUGCCCGAGCUACAUGUCGGGCACGCGGUCGUCCGUGGCGAAGGUGCGGUCGCAGAGCGCGCCGAAGCAGCGGCCGGAGGAGGGCGCGGUGCGGAAGAGGGUGCCGCUGAGCGAGGUGAUCAUCCUUCAGGAGGCCCGGGCGAGCCUGGGCGGCGGCGGGGGCGCGCAGAGGUCGUGCAACCGGCCGGCGCAGGAGGAGGCGUUCAGCUUCAAGAAGGCCGUGGUGAGCCGCUUCGACCGCUCGUCGGAGGCGGCCGAGCGGGACCGGGACUUGUUCCUGCAGAAGGGAUGGUGAUGGCCUGACGGCCUCGGAUUCACUCGAUCGUGAAGUACAAUUAAUUACUACGUACUGCCUCCUGUAAUGGCCUGAUAGGGUAGCGGGGGACUGUUAAUUUCUAGUUACCGCUUCUCACUGUUGUUUCUUUGUUUAUCGAUCGCCUUAAUUAACCUCUGUGACUCCGUUGCCUGUCUGGGUUCAGAAAUGAGACCCUGCGGUUUCUCUUGCUUUGUGUAAACAUGUUUGUGCGUGCAUGGGAAGCUCAAGGAAGGUUUUAGUGCUGUGCUAAA